GCAUAAUGUUUCAAAUUGUUACCCAUGUAGGUACGAAAUUUACAGCGAUAGUUGAAUUCAAAUUCGCGAAGUGAUAAAAUAAAACAACACAAAUUAUUUUUCAACUGUUUUUAUAAUGAAUAAUUCGUGGAUCGAGAAAGUAAUUUUCAACUUUUUUACAACAAAUAUCGAUCAUUUUGGCGAAAGAAGCGCUUAUCAUGGAUUCGAAGGCAAGAACUUGAUUCAAAACUCUCCAGAUGGUUUUCAAUCCGAUCAGCUUCACGGUAAUAUUCUUUACACAGAUGAACAAGGCACCAUUCGUAGAUCAAACCCGAUCUUUAUCAAAUUAACACCCGAUAACCCAAUUACAUACAGUAACUUUGGUUCACUCGCAUUUGCCAACGAGAUUAAUUUUUAUUCGAAAAUAGUGCCCAUUAUGGAGACCUUCGAUGAUUCAUUUUCUUCCCUAUUUCCGAAAUUUUUUCACGGUGAAAUGAUGUUCAACCGCAAGGCAAACAAAUCAGCGAUCAUUUUCGAAGAUGUACGAACUCGUGAUUACAAAAUGACAGAAAAAAAGUCGUUUCUCGAUUUUCAACAUUUGGCAUUAAUGAUGCGUAAACUAGGUGCAUUUCACGCCUAUUCUUAUAAAGCUAAAAACACUUCACCUGACUUGUUUCAUCCAAUGGCUGAUAUUUUUCAAGAGAUAAAUUUGUUUGUUAACAAAGAAGGAGGUGAUUUUUUGAGAGUAUCUGCCCAACGUGGAUUUGAGCUACUUCGAGAAAAUGUCGAAUACAAACAAUAUGUGCCCAAGAUUGAAGCUAUGAUUGAGAAUGCUGACGAUGUUUUUGCGCAGAUUUUAACCAGUGGUCGAGACGAUCCUAUAUCGGUAAUUAUUCACGGUGAUUAUUUAAGAAAUAAUUUAAUGUUUCGAUAUCGCGAUAAUAUUCCUCAAGAUUUAAUUAUGAUUGACAUGGCUACGUGUCGUUAUGCAUCUCCUGUAAUUGAUUUGACCAUCGUUCUGUAUUUAAAUGCGGAUCAGGCAACCAGAAACAAAUAUUGGGAUAAAUUAAUCGACGAAUAUUACACAGCACUACAAGGAACGUUCCCAGAAAAUAAAGUUCCGUCUAAAAGUGAAAUUAUGUCUAAUUUUGUGGGUACAUCGUUUUAUGCGUACUUGGUAGCGAGUUAUUUUUUACCUAGAUUGAUGGAAAUUGAUUAUAAGAUUCCAUUGCCUCCAGAUGUAGACCCAGAUGUAGCCCGGAGUUAUCGUGAACGUAAAUUUCAUGAAAUAUCAAUGGAAAUGUGGUACAGAUUAACAAAGGUCAUUGGUGGAGAGCGAAGCACUCAGGAAUUGUAUAACGUACUGCUUGAUAUGAUCGAUAGGGGAUUUAUUUGUAUCUAA